AUGGAUAUAUUACGGUUAAAAAUUUCAACAUUGGAUAAUAUAUUAACAUUGGAUUUAUUGGAACCAUUGGAUUUAAGAAUAUUAAUUUCAGACAACAGAAGUGAUAAUGAAGCGACUUUGGAAAAUUUAACAGCAAACCAGCCAGACAAUCGGAAAUAUUUUGUCCUGAAAAUAUCAGCUUAUUGGAAUCUUCAACAAGCGACUCGCCAAAAUUUCGAUUAA